CUUUUGCCCAAAGAAAAAGUUCCAUUCUGUCAAAAUCAAGCCCAGCAUGCAUUGCUUGGAAGCCCCCUCAAACGAGGUCAGGUUUACCAUAUUUACUGCACAUGUGACCAUGAUUCAAUAGUAAAUCACGAUAUAUUGAAACUGCAGUCUUGUUUAUUACCGCGAUGUAUUUCAAAUGAUCACUGAAAGUAUAAUAUUGGACACAAUUACUGGAUUGGUGAAGGGAAAUGGCCAAAGUCCGUCUGUGAAAACCGCUCGCUCCUCAUUCAUUCAACUCUGCUCAACUUUUGCCGCUUGGUCCGCUCAACUCGCUGCUGAAGGUCACAUUCGACCGUUUCUUGGAAUUAUACCAACGUCAGUGAAUGAAUAAGUCUGCACUGCUAACCUGUGGUAAAAAAAGACUGGCGACAGGCCUACUGUCAUGGAAAACAAUUUUUUGUUGGUGGUGAAGAAUGUGAUUCCAUUCUACAGAACCAAACUUGGCCGGUAUUGUCAAUUCUGGUAUGUGAUGUUAUUUGGACUUCUGUUUAUUGCGGUGAUGUGGUGGUCAUACAAUAUUGGAGACACUAAAAGCCGUGAGUCUCUCCUGCCGCAGCACAAGGACAGAGUCAGCAUACUUGUUAACAAAACACAAACGCUCAAAAUCCUAGAGGACCUGGACUUAAGCCCGGAGGAGUGGGACCAGAUACAGAGAGCCGUUCAAUGGGGUGGACCGGACCAGGAGAUUACCACUGUAAACAUGAGCACCAGUCCGGACCACACCACCUUUGUUAUUAAUAACUUUAAGGACAGUUACUCUGUGGGAGAGGAGCUCCAUGUCACCAUUGUUGCCAAGGACUUAACUGGAAGGCCAAAAACCUAUGGAGGCGAUUUCUUCAAAGUAAAGGUUUAUUCAGCCAAAUUAAAGGCUAGUGUGUUUGGAGAGGUACUGGAUCAUCACAAUGGCACCUACUUGGCCCGGUUUACCCUACCGUGGGUGGGGGAGGCAUCGGUGGCGGUCCUUCUGGUUCACUCCAGUGAGGCUGUGCAGAUCAUCAAGCGACACCGGGAAACAGACCCUGACCGUAACAUCUACUAUGGCUACUUUGUGGGCAAGAACUCUCAGGGUGCUAUAGUGGAGGAGAGGGCGGCCUGCAAUGUCAAAUGGGAAGGGGUGGCACUGCCAGGCGAGGAGCCCUGCUGCUGUGAAUACCCAGAUUUAAAGGCAAAGCUGACGUGGCUCUGCCGUAAACCCCCGACUCUGCCAUGCAAUACCCUGGUGUACCAUGGUAUGGGUCCGUAUUACGUGAAUCACUGGACAGACCUUGAAAAGGCAAUCAUGAACGAACAAUAUGUGGAGCGUUGGAUCAAGGGUGAUUCACGAGUAAUUAGAGUCCUUGCCUCUAAUUCAACUAUUGGACAGAGAGAGAAAUGUAAACCUGGAAUGCCCACACCGAUCCCAGCAGGAUUCUACAUGAAUGACGUUUGGACGUCAUUUGUGUGUGCCACCCGUCAUUUCAACGCUGCCAAUGACAAAACUCAGUGUUUGAAGGACAAACACAUCUACAUGAUGGGAGACUCCACUCUCUUACAGUGGUACAACUUCAUCAUCAAUUCCGUACCAAGUUUCAGGCGCAUGGAGAUGCAUUCACACUCCCACAAUGGGCCUUUUUUGGCUGUGGACUUGGGGAACAACAUCGACCUGAACUACCGCACGCAUGGUGUCCCCCGACGCAACCCCAGGGCUAAGUUUGCAGAUAUGCACUACAUUAGUAACGAGAUCGAUGGCAUUGCUGGUGGCCCACACAUUGUUAUCGUCUUCAACAUUUGGGCGCACUUCAAACUAUUCCCACACUCCUACUUUGCCCACCGGGUGUCCCAGAUCCGCCGUGCAGUCGUGGACCUCUUGAGACGUGAGCCAGCGACCAAGGUCAUCAUCAAGACGGCUAAUUCAGGCUUAAGGAAUUUCGGUAGCGUUGACUGGCUAUCCCUGCAGCUGGAUAGAAUCCUGCGAGAAGUGUUCCGUGACGUGGGGGUUUACAUCCUGGAUGUGUGGCAGAUGAACGCCUGUCACUAUAACAAAGAGGAAGUCCAUCCUGGCCCAGUGAUCAUCAAAAACGAAGUGGACAUUCUUCUUUCUUUUAUCUGCCCUGGAUUCAGCCUAAUGAUAGGCUAAUACACAGAGAGGACACAAUACAUAAUGAUGAAGGAGGAAAAAAAGAAAAUAAUGUCCAUUUGACCAGGGCCCCUUCCCUCGGCGCAGGACACCAGACAGUGUCCCUGGGAGAGAAGAACUGUCAACAGCACAUCACAUUCCCAAAAUACACAAAUAAAUACCAUACAUGCUCUGAUAAGUCUGUAAUGUCCAUCAUUUUGAGCACAGGGCAAUUCCAUGGAAAAUUAAGUUUUUUGUAACAUCCAUAACGCCAAUAA